AUGGAUUGGUAUAAUUUUUCUGCUGAAGAGAAAGAGAAACUAUUGAAAUCAUGGGCCAUUUUGGAACCAAACAAGCAAAACCUCGGAUGUGAUAUCUACGGAAUGAUUUUCAAUCAGUGUCCGGAAAUUCGGAGACUUUUUCCCAAAAUGAAGUUUCGAGAAGAUGGACGAACAGACAAAAAACAAAAUGAGUUCAGCUUCCAAGCUUUACGAUUCAUUCAGGUAAUUGAAUCAGCCGUCACAAAUAUUGAUCGCUUACAAAACCUUGAGCCAAUUCUGGAUAAUCUGGGAAAAAGACAUGGAAAAUUGGAAUUAUCGGGGAAAUUCAGAAGCUAUUAUUGGUCAACGUUUCUCGAAUGUACUAUUUAUCAAAUGAGAAAGUGUUUAUCCAGUACUAGGAAGUUCCCUGAUUCAGAAGUAGAUGAAGCAAUUAUUCAAUGGAGAAAUCUAUUGAGAGGUGUUAUGAAGGCUAUCAAGAAAGGAUAUUAUGAGAAUAUUUGUCAUCGGCUAUCGAAAAUGUCUGUAGAUCAUACAAACAAUCGGAAAACGUCUGUCUUAUCAAUAGGACAAUCGUCUUCGUCGUCAUUUCCUGAGAAUUACGAUAGUUCAUAA